UGUGAGGGACAGGGGUGCGGUCAGAAGUUUCCCAAGGUGGGUCAGACUAAUUGCAUGGGUGGAUCUAGAACUGAAGGGCAGGGUUUGUAUUUCUUCAGGAGAGAGGCCAGGCUAGGACUUGAGAACUCCCUUGAUGAAGCACAUGGAUAUUUUUCUGUAAGUCUGUUUUCAGAGCCUUCGAUAAAGGAGAGGGAUUUCCAAAUGCUGUUGGUCGUAACACACUGUUCUGUCUGCCCUCAGGAACCCCAGUGUUACAUUUAUUUUCUGUGAGAGAGAUCCCAGCCAGUGAGAUGGCGACCACAAUAGAUUUGAAAUCAAAGGAAGAGAAGGACGCUGAGUUGGACAAGAGGAUCGAGGCUCUUCGUCGGAAGAAUGAGGCGCUCAUCCGGCGCUACCAGGAGAUUGAGGAGGAUCGGAAAAAAGCCGAACUGGAGGGUGUGGCAGUGACAGCCUCCCGGAAGAGCCGGUCCAUGGAGAAGGAGAAUGUGGCAGUGGAGGAGAAGAGCCUGGUUCCCUCUCGGAGGACUGCUGGGACCUCCCGGCCCCCAGGGGCCAGCAGAGGGGGCCGGACCCACUCUCAGCAGGGAGGCCGGGCAGGCGUAGGCCGGGCAUCCCGAGGCAGGGAGGAUGGUGCUGGGGAGCAGCUUCGAGGGGGAACUGGGGGCCGGGGCCGGAGAGGCCGGGGCCGGGGAUCCCCUCAUCUCUUAGGGGCAGGAGACAAUUCCACCUCUGAUCGCAAGUCCAAGGAGUGGGAGGAGCGGCGCAGACAGAACAUCGAGAAGAUGAACGAGGAGAUGGAGAAGAUUGCAGAGUAUGAGCGCAACCAGCGGGAAGGGGUCCUGGAACCUAACCCGGUACGCAACUUCCUGGACGAUCCCCGACGUCGGGGUGGACCCCUGGAGGAGCCUGAGAGGGAUCGUAGGGAGGGCAGCCGACGGCAUGGCCGCAACUGGGGAGGUUCCGACUUUGAGCGUGUGCGCUCUGGCUUGGAACACGAGCGACAGGGCCGCAGGGCUGGCCUGGGCAGUGGGGGCGACAUGACAAUGUCCAUGACGGGCCGGGAGCGGUCAGAAUACCUGCGCUGGAAGCAGGAGAGGGAGAAGAUCGACCAAGAGCGCCUGCAGCGACACCGCAAGCCCACGGGGCAGUGGCGGCGGGAGUGGGAUGCCGAGAAGACCGAUGGCAUGUUCAAGGAUGGCCCAGCUCCUGCCCAGGAACUGUCCCACCGCUAUGAUGACCAAUCUUGGGCAAGACCCCCUAAACCUCCCACUUUUGGAGAGUUCCUUUCUCAGCACAAAGCAGAAGUCAACAGCCGCAGGAGGAGAAAGAACAGCCGACCCCGGGCCAAGGUGGCCCCUCGUGCCUAUAGUGAUCAUGAUAAUCGCUGGGAGACAAAAGAGGAGGCUGCGUCCCCAGCCCCCGAGUCCUCUCAGCCCUUGUCCCUGGAGGAGGCACCCACACAGCAGCUUCCUGAGACUCCAGUCCCAGCCCACCGGCCUCCUGAGGAGGAUGGUGAGGAAGAUGAGGGGGAGAAGGACGAGGGGGAAGAUGAUGAGGAGGAUGAAGAAUGGGAGGAUGUGAGUGAAGAUGUCACUGAAGAGGAGGAGGAGGAGGAGGAAGAGGAAUUUGAGGAGGAAGAGGAUCCCAAGGAACAGGAAGCAGCAUCUGUUUCUGAUGACCAGCCGGAGGUGGAGCCUGCUGAGAAAGCCACUUGUGAGCAGGCGGACCCUGCGCCUUCCAGGCCCCAGGAGUCGCUGUCCCCAGCCCAUGUUGAACCUCCCAGCCCCUUCUCACCCACUGGGGACCACCAGCCUGUGUCCGACUGGGGAGGUGACCAGCCAGCUAUUGCCUCCUUGGAGAGUGGGCCCAGCUUGGCAGGAACCCCGAAGUCUGAAGAAGAGGGGCCUGAGGCAGUUCCAGGUGGGGUGCAUGGGGCUGGUGGAGAGGUGGGCUUCGAGGGCCAGGAGACGGCGGAGAUCACAGACUUCCAGAGGGUGCGUUUCUGCAAGGUGGUGGCGGCCGCUCCGCCGCCGGGGGCUGCCCGCUGACAGCGCCAGCUGACCAGGGCCUCGCGGCUCUGUACUAACCUUCAGCCGCCUCGCUCUUCUGCUUCUGCUAGGGCUGGGUUAAA